AUGAUGAUACGAUUUGGCCGUUUUAUACGAUCAAAUCAAUAUCUUUUUUUCAUUAUUGUUAUUCUGUUCGUUUUUUGUCCAUUUUUAAUUAUCAUUCAUAAGCAAUCUUUCGUUUCGUAUGAAUAUGUACUUUCGAAUACUUCCAAAGAUACUCGAUACGAACGAUUUUGCCAUCAAGUAUAUCAACGUAUCAAUGUUAAACCAACAUCAAAUACUCCUAUUCGAAUUCAUCCUGAAAAUGGAUCUAUUCCAUAUUCAUAUUCUCAAUGGCGUUCAAGUUCGCUUAUGCCUCGUGCAAUUAAUCCAUGUGAACAUGCUCUUUAUAUGCAUCUUUUAUCAAUACUCAUAGAAAAGGUUUUUGAUAAAUAUAAUAUUCCAUACACGAUGAUGGCUGCUACACUACUCGGUAGUUAUACACGUCAUGAUAUAUUACCAUGGGAUGAUGAUGUUGAUCUACGUGUUUCAAUUUCGAAUCGUUAUCUUUUACAAUCAAUUAUUAUUGGAGAACUUUCAUCAGAACCCUAUUCAAUUAUUAUAAUGCAAAUGCAUAAUAAGCGUAAUUAUGAUAAGAUAUUUUUCUCCUGGUGUCCUCAUGCUGGUAGAACAGCAUGGCGUUUUCCUUUUAUCGAUAUAUUUUACCAUGAUCGAAAUUCAACACAUAUUUGGCUAUUAGGAGAGCCAGAAAGUUGUCCUGUUCGUCUUGAAGAUGUAUUUCCUCUAGUACUUCGACCUUUAGGAUCAUUAUGGCUAUAUGCACCUCGAGAACCAAUGGCUCAUUUCGAAUCACGCCAGAUGAGAUAUAUUGAAACAGGCUGUUAUGCUUUUCCAUAUUCUCAUAAAUAUGAAACACUGUUGAGAAAUGACACUCUUUCUGUCGCUUGUACCAAACUGGAAUCUGUUUAUCCAUAUGUUGAACGACAAUGUGCAUUAAAUAAAUGUAUCGAAUAUCUUAAAUUGGGCAUUCAAGAAACAUUAACUAUUUUAUGUGACCAAUUUCCUCUGAUUUCUACAUUUAAUGAUUCGAAUUUUCAAUGUGCACGUUUACGUUUAGAUGAGAGUAUUCCAAUAAAAGAAUUUGAUCUUAAUACACCGACUCAAAUGAUUCUUUUUAUUAUUCUUGAACAAUCAUCAUCAAACAUAUCUCCCAUAGAUAUAACCAUAAAUUUUACUCAAUCAUCUAGUUUACCAUCAUCAAUCGGUGAAAUUCGUAUUGCUUUAUUGGUAACUCAUACUAAUUUUACAAUAAAUAAUCAAACUACAACAGAAUAUACUCCAUCUGACAUACCUAUUUUUCUUUGGCAAACUUCAACAGAAAAUAACUAUGACGUUGUUGAUGUACUUCAAAUUCAAAAUCAUGAGUAUCAAACUGAUACAAGUUUAUGUAAAUGGAAUUUGGAUCGAUGGAAUCAUUUAUUCAAUGGAAAUAUGUCCAUUAACGUUCCCUAUGUUUAUUUUUUAAAGACAACUACGUCUCAAUUAUUAUUCACGCUUAUAGAUACAAGUAAUAAAUCAUCAUUAUCAUUACCACCAUUACCUUAUUUGAAUAUUCUCUACUGUUUUCCGUACAAAUUAGAAAUAGCUGAAAUGAUACUUAUUAUCUGUUUUGGCAUUCUAUUUAUUAUCGUUGUUAUUGCUCUUAGUAUUUUACAUUAUUUAAAAGGAGGAGAAAAUAAUCGAACUCGAUAUUUUGAACGUUAUCAGAAUCGAGAUGUACAAAAUAAAUUAACUGAAAACCAACCCGAAGGUAUUCGACAACGUUUGGAUACAGUCGCUUCAUCUAUUGAACAAGAUGAAUAA